AUGGCUCACACCCAAUCCGCUCUCGCGAACCUCGACUCGAAGGGUCGCGAUCUUUUGAUCUACCAUGGCGGCGCGUUCAACUGGCUGUACAAGCGUUCGCGGUCCGCGCAAGGGAUCGAGGCCCAUCUUAUCAUUAAUGGCAUAACCCGUGCACGCGGUUGUGCGGCCAGCAAAGAUGCCGCGAUGGAGGCCGCAGCGGCAAACUUGGUGUGGACGGAGACGGAGACAGCGGUGCACUCUCUCGGCCGGCUUCCGGCCCAGGCGCCCGCACCCAAGGCGAGGCCUGAACACCUUACCCUUCUUCGCCAACACUUCCAGAAGCACCAGCUGCGCUGGCUACCUGCUCUGCAGGUGUACCGACUGAGGGAGAAACCUGGCCGCAAUCCCGAGGAUCUCUGGGCGAGCUCGUGGGUCGCCGUGGUUGCGGUGAAUCUGGGCGAUCGCGGAACGUACUACCACCGCGGAGAAGCUUUCGACGAGAAGGCUGCAUCGUACGAGGCUGCGCGAGUGGCUCUCAAAUGGCACGCAGACGCGAUGGGACAUGGGAGUUACGGCCGAAGAGCAUAA